CCUUUUUGUGACGCAAGCUAGGGCGAGCCAGCGAACGGACAGGACGGACAGAAUAGCUUCGGCUAUUCGACACCAGCAUGCGGAGAUGGGCAGUCAUUUAUGUGCUUCUCUGCAUCUUCACAACACCUUACACUGCCACAGAAUUAGACUGUGCAGAAUAUCAACUCGACUUAAGCAGCCGAUCCCUGUUCACGGAUCAGCACUUUUCAUCAUCAAGUGUCUACAAUAAGAACUUUCAACCUUUCAAUGCAAGAUACAGCGAUGGUUUGGCCGCAUGGUGCGCUGAAAAGGUCGACAAUCCAAACGAUUACCUGCAAAUAGACCUUGGUCGCGUACACCAGAUAUGCGCCGUAGCGUCGAAAGGUUACGAAAGCAGCAAUGAAUUCACGACUAGCUAUAGGGUUCUGUAUUCGAUGGAUAAUGCCUUCUGGGCAACUUAUCAAGAAACGCCAGGGGAGGACAAGGUUUUCCAGAGAGGGCGUAUCAAAGUUAGCAAGUCAGUUAAAUUUCCAUUGAGGACUCCAAUCAAAGCCAAGUUUAUUCGUUUCGUACCGGUGGAGUUUUACGGUCAUAAAUGCCUCAGGGUGGAGCUAUUUGGAGUACUAGAUGAAGGUUGCUCUGAGCCACUUGGACUAGAGAUCGGAGCUUUUGGAAGCAACACCUUUGCGGCAUCUUCGCACCCCGACAACGCCCACUUCGCUCGUCUCUAUUCAUCUAAAGGCUGGUCCGCAGCUGAAGCAACGCAAGGCCAAUACCUCCAGAUCGACUUGAUGUCUGCGCGGACUGUAUCGGGCGUGGCUAUCCAGGGGUGCGAAGGGGGAUGGGUGUCUUCUUUUGUGCUCCAGCAUGGUAUGACCAACAGCACCUUCAAUGAUUACAAACUGGACGGUCAAUAUACGCACUCGUUCGAGGGGAAUAAAGACGCUAUCCAGGUUCGCGUGAAUUGGCUCAGUAAGCACAUCCGAGCGAGAUACAUCCGCAUCAACCCUACCGCCUGGCAUUCCUCCAUCUGUCUGAGAGUCGAACUGUUUGGUUGUUUAGAGUCUUGUGAUCAGUCGCCGCUCGGCGUUGGAGACCACAGGAUCCCCGAUAGCCACAUCACAUCUUCUUCAAUCAUAGACAAAGAUUCCGCCGCCAGUCACGCUAGACUUGGGUUAGAUAACGCUUGGUGCGCAUCUAGUGACGAUGAUAAACCUUGGAUACAGUUCGAUCUUGGUGACGAUCACGUGAUCUGUGCUAUAGCAACACAGGGAGACAGCAAAUCAGAAUCAUGGGUGACGUCAUACCACGUACAGUAUUCUGAAGUGGGUACGGAUUGGCAAGGCAAUAGUUACAAGGCGAUAGGACGUGGCGCCAAUGAGCUUUUCGCGGGCAGCUUUGACAAGAGCUCUGUUGUGAAGCAUCAGCUGGACAACCCUAUUAGGGCGCGGUAUGUUCGCGUCCUACCGCAAGAUUAUAGCGGCUUUGCGUGCAUGAGAGUGGAGCUCUACGGCUCUUCUCUUUCCGUCUGUCAACGAACAUCUGGUGGUAUCCGAUUGGGAGGAUCUAUCCCGGACUAUAAGAUACGCGCAACCUCAAGAUACGCACCAGCUUACGCAGGCUUCUCUGGAAGAUUGAACGGUCCGUUUGGAUGGGCGGUCGGUCCGGACGCAGGCGACGAUGAAUAUCUUGAGGUGGACUUCGGGUACCCUGUGGUGUUGUGCGGAAUGGCUAUUCAAGGCAGUGGGGUAAUAAAGAACAACGAGUUUGUAAAAUCGUACAAGCUUCAGGUGUCUCAGGAUGGGAGAGACUGGAAGUUCUACUCACCCAAGGACGACGGCGAGGAGUUUCUUAUUCCUGGAAGCAAAGAUCGCUUCGAUACCGCCAAGCACGUCCUACAGCGUCCUGUUGUGGCCAAGUUCAUCCGAGUCUAUCCUGUGGAGUUCUACUCGCAUAAAACCAUGCGAAUUGACGUCUUUGGUGUACCGCAAGGAUGGCGAUCACCCGUUGGUAUCGAGUCAGGACAAACACGAGUUGCGAGUUCCCAAAUAACGAGUGAUGAUCCGUCAUUUGACGCUAACCUAGUGCGCUUGUACAGCGGUUUUCGGUGGUGCGCCGAACAGAAUGCGGAUCCACAGGGUUUCCGGUAUGUGCAGGUAGACUUGCAAGUCAAUCACGUGAUAACGGGUGUUGCUACACGUGGCGAUACGAACAACUGGGUGAAGACAUACACUUUGCAAUUCGCUCUGGCUCAAGACUCGUGGUUCAACUCGACUGAGCUAGUCAAAGGGAACAGUGAUGGUACCGGAACAGCAGUCAGCUGGUUGGUGAGACCUGUGGUGGCGCGCUUUGUACGAAUUACGCCCAAGACAUCACACGGAAAGCCCUGCUUUGCGUUUGAUCUUCAUGGCUACCGCAAUAACGAUACAGUCCCCCCUCCAUCCGUCGCAAUGACCAAGACAGGAGAGCUCUCCGCAUCCAGCGACACUGAACUCACGUGCACCGUGUACAGUGACCCGAGAGUAAAGAUUGAAUGGAUCAUGAAAGACAAGCCACUCGUCCCACAACCCACCACUCAUUACAACAAGGGAUUCGCCAUUUCGUCUCUGCAAGUACCGUACGUGUCCACAAGCCACGUAAAGAAGCUUGGUAUAUGCAGCUUCGAGGAUUAUACAAGGGAGAGAUAUAUCUGCUCCUGGGAGUACAGGUGUAAUGCAUUCCUACCUCAUGUGAUCAGCUGUGGCGCUACUGGAGUGACGGGAACUGUGCAUGCAGAGAUAAGAAACAAGUGUGAGCAAAUACGUCGUUGCCAUGGCAGCAGUACGUGCAUGCCGAGUGACACGUACCCGGAAGGCUUUUACUGCACGUGCGUCAAGAUGGGUAACCACGCCUCCAGCGGUAGUGGUGCAGACAGAAGUCGCUUGAGGCCUGGCACUAGUGAUUACUGCCGAGCAAACCACGCAUUAAAUAAAAACGCAGAGCAAAGCAGCUCGGACGUGGAUAAGCCAUCAGACGCCGAGAACGCCCUGGACAUCACUAAGACAUCAGGGGACGUGGAUAACCACGGCUGUUCUAUGACGAUUUCCUCAGAUAACCCAUGGUGGACGGUCGACUUGGGAAGAAGCUAUAACAUCAAAGAAGUGGUGGUUAAACGAGCAGAGUGCUGCCCUGUCAGCGUUUCCAUCCACAUAGGCGAUUCCAGUGACAGCGGUGGUGCUGGUAAUGCGCAGUGCGGCACGCGCAUGGAGCUCCCACAUGGUUCGUACGCAGCAGCGUACUGUCAACCACCAAUAGACGGGCGAUACGUGUCAGUCAGAGCACAUGGGAAGGACACCGCACUCGCGCUGUGUGGCGUUGAAGUGUACUCGGAAUUCACGGACUUCGAUGAAUGCACAAAUAGCACAAUAUGUCCAGAUAGCGAUCGCAUGCUGUGCACAAAUACUGUGGGCUCAUACACUUGUUCAUGUGACACCGGGUUGGCCUGGGACGAGAAGAAGCGGAAGUGCAUAGAUGUGGACGAAUGUAUGACGGGAACUCACAACUGUAGCACCACAGCAGAAUGCUUGAACAUUGUCUCAGGUUAUACGUGCACGUGUAAAACUGGUUACCAUGGUGACGGCUAUCAGUGUCAUGACGUGAACGAAUGUCAAGAAGGACUAGCAAAUUGUGGUGAUGACACCAAAUCACAGUGUAUAAAUACCGUGGGCUCAUACAAAUGCUCUUGUAAUACUGGGUACCAGUACCAAGGAAAUGAGCGCGUGUGUAAAGACAUAGACGAAUGUAAAAGCAAGGACGACUGCUUGCAGUGCACUAAUCAGAUUGGCGCUUACAAGUGCGGUAACUGCGCUACAGGAUACUCGCGACGAGGAUGGGUGUGCGAAGAUUUGGAUGAAUGUAGCUUCGGCAAGUAUGAUUGCCCUUCGAACAUGUUGUGUAAGAACAAAAUCGGUUCGUACGAGUGCGUUUGCAAGGAUGGAUACAAGAGAAAAGGAUCUGUCUGUGUUGACGUAAACGAGUGCGAGACAGUUAAAUGUCCUAAGAACCAUGCUUGUAAAAACACAGACGGAAGUUAUACUUGUGUUUGUAGAAAAGGCUAUAAUCUGGUAGAGAAUGAAGAUGAAAAGUUUUGCGUUAAAGCACUCAAGCGCAGCGGCCAGGCCAGCCCUGUGAUGUCUUCACUGCUAUCCCACAUGCUUGUUGCCAUGGUUACUUUUGUUCUCACAAUGACAGCCUAUUAAUCGACCCCACUUGUCACUUGUAAUUGCAAUCACUACUUAUGAAUUAUUACUGUAAAGGAAUGAACAGGAUAUGGGUAGCACAUUAUAUACAACUAUGAAAUGAUUUUCCUAUGAAUAAAAAGUGCAAUUGAA